CAGCUGCUACGUAUCAUACCUGGGUUUUCAAGUUUGUGUAAGGACGCUCGGCCUGCACGGACUAUCCGACUAUUAACGCGUUAUAUGUCGUGGUAUGGGUAUGGGGAUUUCGAGUCUUUUUCUGUUUGAAUGCAUAGCAUGGCGUUGGGCGGAUCAGGUCAAAACGGUAUUCGGAACUUGGGCUUACUUCGGUGGCUCUUAUGGCGUUUAUUCUUUUCGGAGCACAGGUUUUAUGUGCUCUGCUCGUUACCACUCGGGCAAAGUAAUCUGUAUAACAUGCUCCAUGCAGAAGGGCGGAAUGAGAGUAACCAUUCAUAAAUUGUGUUUGUCUGCGUUGGUGACCGUGUCAUUCCUUAUCGACAGAUGAUCGUGCCAGGUUGGUCAACUUGAUCUGGUCACCCACAUGCCAUCUAUUUCAGUAGAGGACGUCACGUACUUUGCGAAGGAAUACACGAUAUUGCAUCCACAGUCUCAUACAUUGACUAUACAAGAAGAUUAAAAAAAAAAAGAUUUGGUACAGACGGCAA